GUCCGAGAGGUGUGUUGAGGGCGGGGGGGCGGAAUCCAAACACGGCACUCCGCUUCUCUCCUCGUACCAUGAGCUGAAUCUGUCCGGGACAGACCAGGGAAGAUGGCGGCCACUGACCAUUCCCGGUCCGAAGCUGCCAAGCAGCGACGGCAGGAUCAGCUGCAGCGAUGGCUGGGCUCAGAGACGGAUCAGACGGGUUCGGAGGCCCGGGAAAUCUCGAGCGGUUCUGGGACGCGUCGGGCGAAAGUUCGGUUCGCCCAAGGAGCCGUAUUUAUGGCUGCUUGCUCCGCCGGAGACCGGGAGGAGGUUGCAGCGCUGCUCCGACAGGGAGCUGACAUCAACCACGCUAACGUAGACGGACUGACAGCGCUUCACCAGGCCUGCAUUGAUGAAAACGCUGAGAUGGUGCAGUUCCUGGUGGAGAACGGGAGCGACGUCAACAGAGGAGACAACGAGGGCUGGACUCCUCUGCAUGCUGCAGCCUCCUGCGGUUUCAUCCAGAUUGCUAAGUAUCUGAUAGAACACGGUGCUCAUGUUGGAGCGGUGAACAGCGAGGGAGAGCUUCCUCUGGAUGUUGCCACAGAAGAUGCAAUGGAAAGGCUCCUGAAAGCUGAAAUUAAAAAACAAGGAAUAGACGUGGAUACGGCCCGAAAGGAGGAGGAGAGGAUCAUGCUCCGGGAUGCCAUGGCGGUGCUGGCAGGAGACGGCACCCUCACACCUCACCCAAACACCAAGGCAACGGCUCUACACGUCGCCGCUGCCAAAGGCUACAUUGAAGUCCUGAAGGUACUGUUACAGUGCAGGGUGGAUGUGGACUGCAGCGACACUGACGGGUGGACGCCUCUGCACGCAGCAGCUCACUGGGGGCAGGAGGAGGUCUGCAGCCUGCUGGUUGACAACAUGUGCGAUAUGGGUGCCGUCAACAAUGUGGGACAAACACCUUUAGAUGUUGCAGACGAGAACCUCGUGGACGUUCUGGAGGAGCUGCAGAAGAAGCAGAACGCUUUACGUAGCGAGAAAGAGAAACAGACUCCUGUUAUUGAGCCCAUUUCGCAUAUCCCCAUGGUACCAGUCCGCCCACGCAGGACUUCUAUCUCUCGUAUGAGCAGCAAGGAGAAGAUCUGCCUCCAUGAGCGGGAGAAGCACCCUCCUCCUCCUGCCCUGCAGAGCAGUCCGGCUGAGGACGAGGAGGAGGAAGGCCAGGCAGGACAGAACCAGUCUCAGGGCCAGGUGAAAGCCUCGAGCAGCUCCAGUUCAGAGGAGGAGAGCGAGUCUGAGAGCGAUGCAGAGUCGGAGAAAGCGAAAAAGCGAGAAAUCAUAAACAACUUGAACAACAAGCGCAACACCACCAAUCUGCUUCCUACCUCCAUGUCAACAAGCACCACUGCGAGCCAAGUGAAAAGGCAGGAAUUAAGCAAGCCUCCAGUCACUGAAGCCCCGGGGUCAUGGAGAACAUCUCUGAGGAAGGCGGGCAGCUCUGUGACUCUGGGCUCAGCUGGACUAUCCGACCCCAGCCAGGACACCAGCAGACCUCCAGAGUCCGGCCUCGGCAUGAGCCGCUCUGCCUCCAGCCCCCGCCUCAGCUCUGAGGCUGACACCAAGGAGCCAAGGCUUGCUCGAGUGCCGCCCAAUCCAACACGGAGACUCUUCAGUAUUCCAGAUAACACCGCUGACAACUCCAACAGUUGGCUAAGCCGUAGCUCCUCUUACACCCGACGCUUCAAUAGUCAGUCAGGAAAUGAUCUCACUAGCUCCACCCCGUCUUUGCUUCACAGCUCAUCUUAUGGAAAGAGACUGGAUGACCCCACCGUGACCUCAGCUAGCACAGGAACAAGCUCUGCUGGACUCGGCCGCCUUAAUAGUGUCUUGGCUCAGAGACUUCCUCAGGAACAGACGGAAAAGAAGGAUCAGCCAGCCAUCACCACCUCCAACUCUCAGAGCACGACCGCAGGCGAACAGGAAACCAAGCAGAGGCGCAAGUCCUACCUGACACCAGUGCGGGAUGAGGAGGCAGAGGCGCAGAGGAAAGCUCGCUCCCGACAUGCACGGCAAUCCCGCCGCUCCACUCAGGGGGUAACGCUAACAGAUCUGCAGGAGGCAGAGAAAACCAUACAGACCAUGAAGACGGACAACAAAGGGAGAGAAAAGGAAGAGGAGAAGGAGAAGGAAGCAAAGCAGAAGAAGGGAGAGGAAGGGGGGAUGCUGUGUUUACAGGAAGUGAGCUGGAGGUCUCGUAUUGCCAGCCUGCAGAAGUCAGACCUGCUGGGCCUCACACAACCUGCUGGCACACCAAGACCUCAGACCUCUGACAGAAGAGAUGUGGAGGCCAACACAGGGGAGAGCGAGACAGAGCGAUGGGCCAGGGAGCGCAAUGAGAGGAGGCAAGUUCGAGCCAGGAGGAAGGCACAGAGGACCGGGGAGGGUGAAGACAAUGAUCCCAGUGGAGAGGACGAGUUCUCCACCAGUGGGCUCAAUUCACAGACAGACCAACGUUUGAGUACCAGGUUGGACUCAUCCUAUAGUGACCGUACACGGGGAGGAGGAUCUGAGACGAAGGACUUUAAGAAGUUGUUUGAGGAGGUUUCCAGAGAAAACAGCCAGCUCCAGUCCCAGCUCCAGGACACUCAGAGGAGUGUCACUCAGACCAGGUUGGAUCUGGAAAAGGCCACGCAGAGACAGGAGCGUCUGACCGACUGUUCAGCCCUGCUGGAGCGGGAGAGGAAGGAGCGAAGGAUGUUGGAGCGGCGAAUGGCGGAGCUGGAGGAGGAGCUAAAGGUUUUGGUUGACCUGAAGGCAGACAACCAGCGUCUUAAAGAUGAAAAUGGAGCACUCAUCCGUGUCAUCAGCAAACUCUCCAAAUAGAUGCAGGGAGAGUGAGUGACAUGAAGAGCAGGGAUUCCCCCCCCCCUCCUCCCUCCCUCCACCCACCUAUCCAUCCAUCCCUCCCUGCCAUACAUUCCUCCCAGUGCCAAAGAGAGCGCAAGAGAGAGAGAGAGAGAGGAGGGGAGAGAAGCAGCAGAAAGUCCUUCGUACAUGAGCACUACAGCAUGACUUGGAUUGUGGUGCUUCUCUGCGAACAGCUGGAGUGUCUUUUGUGUGCCUUAAUGCCGGAUAGUCACAGCAAAGACCCCGUGGCUGCGGCCAGAGGCUUCCACAGUAGCAUCAUGAGACCCGACAACAGCCAGAACACUCUGUGUCUGGUGCAACACGCAAAACUGUGCGUCAUGGGGAGCGCCAACGCACUCCUGUGCACUCCUAUCUGUACUUCCUCGAUGCACGUGGAUGCACACAAGACAGUCUGGGCCUUAAAGCUCCCACUUAGUAUUUAUUUUUGUGAACACAUCUCACAACACACAUUCACAAUUUUUAUUUUUCAUCCCCCCCCCCCAAUCCCCUCGUCCUAAUCACAGUCCAAAUGUAAUGUGUUGUCAGGCAGGAAAGAUUUCGGUGCAUCCUACUUUUUUUUUUUUCUUUCUUUUUUUUUAAACAUUCAGCAUCAUCCUGACAACGGGAGUCAUCCGUGAAGGUCUGUUGGGUUGUUGUCUUUCCACGUGCAAGUGUUUGAAGCCACCUACCUCUCCACCUAUGCACUUCCCCACGUCAUUUUUAUAUUUUUGUGACCACAGAUACACUCCAUGCUCUUAAAAACAAAAACAAAAGCACACCCACACAAAAACUGACCGGUCGGUCGACCGCAGCACUUUAUUCUCUGCAAAGCGAUAAAGAUCUGCGAGGUUUUGCCCGUCCUCCAGACAGAAAACGUUUUAGUUCACCUCCUCACGACUGCUUGCCUUUAAGCAAGUAGAGUUAGAAAUUACCAAUGGGUGAAUAUCAAAGGUCAUUGCACAUCCUAUUAUGCUAUGAGUGGUUUUUGGAUUAAAUCAUCGGAUUAAAUAUUUUCAUAAUUUUUCGGCGUCAAUUCCUCUCACAAAGGAGCAUGGUUAUGUACAGUUUGUGUAUAAAUGUUAGCCUUGAACAAUACCCCUUUGAAGUAAAAUUCCAUGUAGCCUUGCUUCACAUGUUGGUUUUCUAAUAUAUUAAAUGGAUGUCUGCACCCUAAUAAAAGUGUGUUUGUAGCAAA